CUGUCGGGAUGGCAUUGCGCAUGCGCCAUGCCAGCCAAUCACCACGCACGCCACUUAGAGUCCGUGUUGUGGGCGGGAACGGUUUGUGGAGAGCAGUCGCCAUUUUGUUUGCUGUUGCUACGUUCCUCCCAGGAGUCCGUGCACGCAGGGGAGAAUGCAGUCUCCCAAGGAAGUUGAUGGCAAGAAGCGCUUCCGGAAACUUUCGGUGACUCAAAGGGAGGCUUCACAAGGAACAGCAAGAAAGUCACUGCACCAGGAAACUGGUAGCCAUGGGGACAGCCGUCCUUCUGCCGGAGCAGCUGCACAGCAAGUGGGGGAUAGCUCCCAGCAGCUGUGUCAAGGACGCACAGCUGAGAAUCAGUGGGCACUUCCUGCAAAGAGAAGAAGGUGCAAGGUGAAGGCAGAUGCUUCUGGCAAUGCCACCGAGGAGGAACUUGAGCAAAUGUUGAAAGUGCAAAAAGAGCAAUGGCAAAACAUCCGCGAUAGUUACUCUCAGCAGUUUCUGACUUUCUUUGAAGACUGGGACAUGGGCGUGCAGAAAACCAUGGAACAGCAGGAAAGAUUAACUGGGAUGUUUCAUGACCAGCAAAGGCUUUUCCUGCAAGCUAAAGAUCUCCAGCUGGAGACACUGAGUACAGUUAAGGACCUCUAUGACGAAUACCUAAAGGGUGUCAAUGACCUGGAGGUGAGCCAGAAAAAUCUCCUUGCUGAUGGGAAAAGGAAGCUUAAAAACGAAGUUGACAUCUUGAAGAAGAAAAUUAUUGCUGAAACUGAGCAACAGCAAGACUUGGCGAAUAUUCAAAGGGCUCUGCAAGCCAUGCUGCUUUUGUGAAUCUGAAGAAACACUUUCCAACACAAGUUCUAUUAUAAAGUCUAACAUUAGCUGCACUAAUUCAAGUUCUGGCAGAAUUAGGCACUUCUUCUUUGUCGGUUUUUUUGGGGUUCUGUGUGUGUGUGUGUGUGUGUUUGAAAUGCAAGACCCUGUUUCUGUUUGUUCCUAAACAGUAGUGUGAGUAGCAGCAGUGAAGAAAUUAAAAUGUUUAAUGCUUCUGGCUCUUUGCUAGUAAUGGUGAGGUUUUUUUCCUUUCUCCCUGCAGUUAACCUGUAGCAGUGGGGAUGCCUUAGCUUUCAGUUUGACCUCAGUGAACAUUUUUCAGUAUCAGGAAGCAGAGAGCACAGACACCAAAGGGUACACCGUCCAUCCUUAGACAAGCAAAGAAGGGAAACCAAUCUGAACCCUUUGGCAUUUACUCCCUAUGUUACAGAGACAAUUCUAAAGCAUUUGUGGUUUCCCCAGGAGAACCUACUCUAGGGCCUUGGAAGCACAGUUAAAAGCAAGUCACUGUGUGUGUUUCAAAAAGCUAAACGGGCACACAUAAAUAAGACACUUGGACAAGAUAGAUCUCACAUCUGUGCUGAGCCGUGGGUGUGGAUGUGUGGAUGUCGUUUCCACACAGGCUUCAGUGUGUCAUUCAGGAAGUUUUGA